AUGUUCGAAGAAGCUGGCUCAAAACGAUCGGUUCUACUUCACACCGAGUGCUGCGCGAACACAUGCUUCCUCACCAAUCGCAUGCUUCAUGGAGUUUCUAUCGUCGUAGUGGAAUCACUGCCAUAUCUAUCCACUAUCAUCGUCGUCAUCUUUGUUAUCGGCGUUAUCUCCGUCGCUGGUGUCACUGUCGCAACCUACUCUGUUGUUCAGGGCUCCGGAUUGGUGCUCUCUGAGUCUGCACUUCCAUAA